AUGUCUGGUGUUAGCAAACCUGAGAUCGGCACGACGGCCGUCGAAAGUGAAGAAAAAACGUCUUUGCCUGAAACUCAAUAUGAAUUUCAAAAUAGCCAGCCAAAAACUACGUUCCAGCGCUUCAAAAACUCUUUCAAGAAAGCAGAUGAGCUAGGCAACGCUAGCGACAAAGAAUACGGUCCGGAAACGGACCAACCUCCUCAAACCAACCUCAAAAAAACUAUCAAGUCAAGACAUGUAGUGAUGAUAUCACUUGGUACGGGUAUCGGAACCGGUAUGUUGGUGGGUAACGGUAAAGCUCUACACAGCGGUGGGCCUGCUGGUUUGGCAAUCGGAUAUGCUAUUAUGGGCUCGUGUCUGUAUUGCAUCAUCCAGGCCGCUGGUGAGCUGGCCGUGGUGUACAGUUCGCUCUCGGGUAAUUUCAACGCUUAUCCAUCUAUUUUGGUUGAAAAAGGAUUUGGUUUUUCCGUUGCAUGGGUCUACUGUCUGCAAUGGCUAUGUGUUUUCCCUCUCGAGCUGGUCACGGCAUCGAUAACUAUCAAGUACUGGACCACAUCCGUCAAUCCCGACAUUUUUGUGGCCAUCUUCUACGUGCUCAUCAUUUUGGUGAAUUUGUUUGGGGCCAGAGGUUAUGCAGAAGCUGAGUUUUUCUUCAACACUUGCAAAGUGCUCAUGAUCACUGGGUUUUUCAUCUUGGGAAUCAUCGUCAACUGCGGUGGAGCUGGAACCUCCGGCUAUAUUGGCGCCAAGUACUGGCACAACCCUGGUAGCUUCUAUGGAACUAAACCAAUCCAUCAUUUCAAAGGUAUCAUUGCCACAAUGGUGACUGCUGCAUUUGCAUUUGGUGCUACCGAGUUUAUUGCCCUAACUGCCGCUGAACAAUCCAACCCAAGACGUGCCAUUCCCUCUGCUGCCAAGAAAGUUCUGUACAGAAUUGUACUGAUUUUCCUGGUACCAAUCAUUCUAGUAGGCUUCUUGGUUCCAUUCAAUUCUGAUGAAUUGAUGGGUUCCGGAAGCUCUGCAACCCACGCAUCUCCAUACGUCAUUGCAAUCUCAUCCCACGGAGUUAGAGUUGUGCCUCACUUCAUUAACGCUGUCAUUUUGUUGUCUGUCCUUUCGGUCGGUAACUCCGCCUUCUACUCUAGUUCGCGCUUGCUAUUAUCCCUAUCAAGUCAGAACUACGCUCCUAAAUGGCUGAAUUAUGUCGACCGCCAAGGUAGACCCAUAAAGGCAAUGCUGAUUUCCACGAUUUUUGGGCUAAUCUCGUUUGUUGCAGCUUCUCCCAAAGAAGAGACAGUGUUUACGUGGCUAUUGGCCAUCUCUGGGCUGUCGCAACUGUUUACCUGGAUUUCGAUCUGUAUAUCACACAUUCGCUUCAGAAAGGCGCUUCGAGUUCAAGGUCGGUCCCUAGGAGAACUUGGCUAUAAAUCACAAACUGGCGUGACAGGUUCUUACUACGCUACUUUUAUCAUGGUUUGUGUGCUGAUUGGCCAAUUUUGGGUGGCCAUCGCGCCCAUCGAUUCAUCCAAAUUGGACGCUAACAAUUUCUUCGAGAAUUACUUGGCGUUGCCUAUCCUAUUGGUGCUGUACAUUGGCUACAAAGUUUGGAUGAGAGAAUGGAGGCUAUUUAUUCCAGCGAGUGAAAUUGAUUUGAACGUUGGCCGCAAAGUAUUUGACGAGGAUCUUGUGAAGCAAGAGGACGCAGAAUACAAGGAAUACAUUCGCAAUUCCGGAUGGCUAAGAAGAGUUGGCAGCUUCUGGUGUUAG